CUCUAUAAAUACCACACAGGUGUCUGCUCAUAGCACCCACCAUUUGGAGUAUCCUCUCAAGAUUGCUCGAUCCCCUCGUGUCCCCCCCCUCAUCUCUCCCCAUCGAUCGAUCCCAAGCAUCGGCACCACACACACAAAUCGCACUCAGAUACGAGCUAGAGAGUACACAGCGAGGGGGGCAGGCCGGCCGGCAUCACCAAUUAUAGCCAGCCCUGCUUAUCUCUCCCGAUCAAGUACUAUUGUGCAUCGAUCGAUCCAUGGCUUUCUUCGUCCUCGCUGCCGUCGUCCUCACGGCAGUGUGCAUCCUCGCCUCGCUGGCCGUGCUGCUGUUCGCCAAGAGGUGGGACGCUGCCGGCGAGAGCCGAGGGAAGAAGCUGCCGCUUCCCCCUGGCUCCAUGGGCCUGCCGUACUUGGGCGAAACCCUCCACCUCUACUCCCAGAACCCCAGCGCCUUCUUCGCCGCCAAGCAGACCAGGUAUGGAGAGAUCUUCAAGACGUACCUGCUGGGUUGCCCGUGCGUGAUGCUGGCGAGCGCGGAGGCGGCGCGGUUCGUGCUGGUGACGCAGGCGCGGCUGUUCAAGCCGACGUACCCGCCGAGCAAGGAGCGGAUGAUCGGGCCGUCGGCGCUCUUCUUCCACCAGGGCGAAUACCACCAGCGCCUGCGCCGGCUCGUGCAGGGCUCGCUCGGCCCGGACGCGCUCCGGGCGCUCGUGCCGGACGUCGAGGCCGCCGUCGCGUCCACGCUCGCCGCCUGGGACGGACACGUCUCCAGCACCUUCCACACCAUGAAGAGGUUGUCGUUCGAGGUCGGCAUCGUGACCAUCUUCGGCGGGCGGCUGGACGAGCGGCACAAGGAAGGGCUGAGGAAGAACUACGCCGUCGUGGAGAAGGGCUACAACUGCUUCCCCAACCGCAUCCCCGGGUCUCUCUACUACAGGGCGCUCCAGGCUAGGAAGCGGCUGCGCGCGAUCCUGGGCGAGAUCGUGGCGGACCGGCGCCGCGCACGGGGCGGCGCCGGCGCCGGAGAAGACGCCCCGAUAGGCGGCAGGGUGGACCUUCUGGGAGGCCUGAUGCAGCCGGCCAUGGCGCUCACGGACGACCAGAUCGCCGACAACGUCAUCGGCGUGCUGUUCGCGGCGCAGGACACCACGGCCAGCGCGCUCACCUGGAUCCUCAAGUACCUCCGCGACUGCCCCAAGCUUCUCCAAGCCGUCAAGGCGGAGCAAAUGGCGACGUACGAGGCGAACGAGGGCGGGAAGCGGCCGCUGACGUGGGCGCAGACCAGGAACAUGACACUAACGCAUGCGGUCAUAAUGGAGAGCUUGAGGAUGGCGAGCAUCAUCUCCUUCACCUUCAGAGAGGCCGUUGCCGACGUGGAGUACAAAGGUUUCCUGAUUCCCAAGGGCUGGAAGGUGAUGCCGCUCUUCAGGAACAUCCAUCACAGCCCGGAGUACUUCCAGGACCCACAGAAGUUCGACCCUUCUAGAUUCAAGGUGUCGCCGCGGCCAAACACGUUCCUGCCGUUCGGGAGCGGCGUGCACGCGUGCCCGGGCAACGAGCUCGCCAAGCUCGAGAUGCUCGUCCUCCUGCACCGCCUUGUCACCGCCUACAGGUGGGAGGUGGUCGGGUCGAGCGAGGCCGUGGAGUACAGCCCGUUCCCGGUGCCGCGGCGGGGUCUCCAGGCCAGGCUCUGGAAGCUCGACGAUGCCCACAACCGCGUCGCCCAGGCGGCCUCCAGCGCCUGAUCACAUCACAGACUUCGCUCGUUUUUUCUCGUUUUCUUCUAGUAGUAGGACAACGGUGGUCGGUGAUGGCGCUGCAUCCUGCUCAUAGUCAUGUGCUCUGGUGUGUUAGUUAACUGCUCUGUCAUCGGAGAUGUGUGACUGCUGGUACAACGGCAUGCAGUAAGCUCGAUCCAUCGAUCACUCGGAAUAAUAAUAGCAACCGUUCGGUUCUCUUAUAUAAUUUGCCUUUCUCGCA